UAAGAAUCUUGCGAUUCAGAUUUGUUGAGCAACCAGUGCCGGAUAUUACUAAGUAUCCAUAAGUAUUUCGCUGAUAUCAUUUCGCCGGCAGGCGAAAUAUUUUCCGAAAUAUAUAAUCGUUUGUUACCUGGCAAGAUACUGCCGAUUAACAAAAAUGUCACAGCCACAGCUUUAAAACAGCUAUCCAUAUUUGUCACGAUUCUGUCAAAGAAGGAUCGGCAUUUGUUUAACUUAAUGAUCUAUAUCGACUGUCUAGAGCAUAUCGAACUUCCAACUGCAAGAUGAAGAAACCGUUGUUAGCCGGACUUUGCGUCAUUGUUGUGGGGCAGUUAUUCCACUGCAGUUCUGGCGAUGAGAAAGCCCAAAUGGACCCUUUUGAGUUCUCCGUGCCAUUUCCACAGUUUUCCACGGAACCAAUGACCCGGGAUCAGUGCGCGCUACAGUUCACUGCCAACUGCGGCUGGAAUGGGUAUAACAUCGAUAAUUACAUUGACAACUGCACCCUGGACCAAGGUUUAUAUUUAUUGUGCAAACCUGAAGUCGACGCACAAGAGCUCCAACAGUUAGCCAAUGCUUUAUCUAAACCGCCGAUUAAAGCGGUUUCCAUUGGUUUAUUCGACGGAGAUUACGUCAGCUUUGCUAAUCUUUCUCCUGUGCGCAAGCAAACUAUUAUCUUUGGCUUGUACAACUGCAUCACCCCACGUUCCACAAAGAAAUUGGCGCAUUUACGCAUGCCGAGUUUGCUACACUUCAUGGCGGCCCACUGCACCAAUUUAGACGUGCGACGAGCGGAUUUCUGGCAGUCCAGCAAACUGCGACUGAUUGAGUUCCGUAACACGACGCUACAGUUUCUGGAAGUGGAUACCUUCACCGAUCUUCCGGCGUUGCGAUUGCUGUCACUAGAAAGCGGUUUCAGUGAAAUGGAGGCUUUUGAUGAUCGAGUCCGGGAUUACCUGGCGCGACUGCAUUGCGGUUGCGAGUACGAAUGGUUCCGAGACUGGUGGCAAGUGAACGGACUAUUGCGUCAGGCUGCGGAAGGAGAAAUAUAUCACACAUCUUUUAGUUUAUGGGAUAAUUUCGGUUUUGCUAAAGAAAAAGUUUUCUUGCCGGUUGACUGCGCCACGAAGCCGUUCCAUACUGGAUUCAACACUAUGGACAACUCACAACCGAUUUUUUCAGCCAAUGAGGAGCGGUAUCCAGACAAGUGGCAUCCCGGAUGCAAGAAUAGCAGCGCGGCACAGGAAAAAUUCCCUGUAAUGGGAACCGUAGAGGCGACAAUCGAAGAGUGCCAUUUACAAUUCGCCAUCGGCUGCUUGCCGCUAAAUGCUGCAAUAUACGGCUGCCAAUCUUGGUAUGAUGGCGUUGCAGGAGUGGACGUGGGCUGUGAAACUCCCGAGGGAAUGGCAGAGCAUGCGCGACUGACGGCGGCAGGGUCGACAAAGUUUUACUCACGACCCAUCGAUUUCUACAUUUCUGGGGAGGCCGCAUUUCACCUUACCGCUGCAGAUUUGCAGUCAAUUCGGAAUCAGAUUGUAGUUUUUGGAAUCUUUGAAUGUGUGAGCGUCCGGUCGACGUACAUGUUAUAUGAAUUUGACUUCUUCAAUGUGCUAGAGCAUAACUUGCAAGACUGUGUAGAUCUAGACGUCAGGAGAAAAGAUUACCAACGAUCCAAAAAACUUCGAAGCAUUUUUUAUACUAAUGUUACAAUUCGUACGUUAGAGAGAGACGCAUUUAGCGAUCUACCUGAUUUGCGGAUUGUGGCGUUGGAGAGAGGCAUACAAAGACACCGUGAUGCACGAUUUCGCUGGGUACCGACACCAGUUUUCGAGCAAAGCCACCGAAAUUAUCUGUUCCGACUGCAUUGUGGAUGUGAUUUUGCCUGGUUUCGUCGCUGGUGGACCGAGAACACUGCCUUGUUGCGUGACCACGUUCAAACCUUUGAGGUCUACGCUUUCAAGUUUGGUUGGGCAAACAGCGAGAUGUUCCGAGAAGACAUUUAUCUGCCGAUUGAUUGCGCUGUGGAAAUCCCCAAUGGAUCCGCUUCUGUAAAUUUUAAUCAAACAGAAUACUCGCUAAAUGAUAUUGAGUGUUGAAAGAACAUACUACGGCAAACUGGGAACUUGUGUGCCCAGUUCUGUAAUGCUCUAAUAUGAUCAGCGCCUCGGUAUCGGCAGUGCGAACAUUCUUGUAUUUUGUUUAGUGGGUACAUGGUCAUACCUUUAUCGUUUUCGUGAUGCAGUCUGACUUUUUGUGAUUAGUGUUAAGAACACAUAAUUCUGGCGG